UCUGCCUCGCUCCUCCCACUUGGCCCCGAAGAAAAAAUCCCACCCCUCUCUAGACACAAAUAGCCCCCCUAUAGCUCUCAGCCCUUGAGAAACAGGGGGACCGCCGUAGGUGGUUUCCAGAGGUGUCCCAUUCCGUCUUGAUUCCUGUCCAGGUCGGUUGUUAUGGCAACCCUUUCCAACCUGGAGCCCCCACCCCCUCCUCAAUCUCCCCUCCUCUCCCCUUUGUGUUUUGUGGAGCUCCAAACCGCUCCUGUGUCGGUACCAGGAGGAGGUUGCUAAGGUAACCCAAGUCCCCGGUGGUCCUUCUGCUCCUAUCCCCAUCAGUUACCAUGGCAACCUCCUUCACCUAGUGUUCAGGUAGAAAGGACCCCAGCCCCAAAGACACAGAUUCCUAAGAAAAACACCUCUCUCUGGUAGCUACCCAGUUAGCAUUACCAUGGUAACCGUCCCCCCUACCCAUGUGGGUGGUCCGGGGACCAAACCAACCAGGUGUUUUUAUUUAGAGGAGAUGUUCUGGGACAGUAGCUAUGGUUACAGGGUCUGGACCAUCUCUCCAGGGAGAUGAGAAACUAGAAGACUAAGCUCUACUUACUGUACCGACAGGGAGCACCCUACCCCCCUCCAGUGACCCUAGGAACCAGCCCACCAAGGUAGGGAAUGUUUUAGGAUUGUCUCUUUGGGAGUGCAUUGUGCCUACAAAAGGUGUUGUCAUGGUAACAGUUUGUCAUUUUUAGCCUUACCUUUUCUGGACACAUCCAUUGAGAGGGAUGGUUUGGGGUUGCUGUGAAAACCCUCAUCUCUUGCACCCAUCCCAUCCCACUCCUGUUACACUCUCUGUGGUACCCAGGCUAAUGGGAUUUCCAGAAAAAGGGUUCCCUGACCUUGUAGAGGGGAAGAAGAGAUUGUGCUGUGUUAUACGAAGCUGCAGGCUUUUCUGGUUUUCUUUCCCUCAGCAGAACAGCUGAGCUGGGCUGUCACUGCCCUCCUGGAGCUCCCUCAGCCUGCCACCUAGGAGGGGCAGAGGCUCUGGCCACUUCAGAGUGAUGCACAGAACAUAUAGUUUCCUGAGGGAAUGAAGAGAGUGUGUCCACUGAACCUCUUUCUCCAGCUUUAGGCAGGCCCUGCUUCUCUUGCUCAGGAUAUACAGGACUCGAGCCGCGCCCGUCGUGGCCGUCGGCCCCAUGCGGGUCCCGCGCCGCUGGGCUGUGCUGGCGGCCGCCAUCACCCUGAACCUGCUGGUCUUCUUCUACGUCUCCUGGCUGCAGCACCAGCCGCGGAACCCCCGGGCCCGGGGCCCCCGCCGCACCGCUGCCGCCGGCCCCCGGGUCACUGUGCUGGUGCGGGAGUUUGAAGCCUUUGACAACGCGGUGCCCGAGCUGGUGGAUUCCUUCCUCCAGCUGGACCCGGCCCAGCCCGUGGUGGUGGCGGCCGACACGCUACCCUACCCCCCGCUGGCCCUGCCGCACCUCCCCAACGUCCGCCUGGCGCUGCUGCAGCCCGCGCUGGACCGGCCCGCCGCGGCCUCACGCCCCGAGACCUACGUGGCCACCGAGUUCGUAGCCCUGGUCCCCGAUGGGACGCGAGCCGAGGCGCCGGGCCACCUGGAGCGCAUGGUGGAGGCGCUCCGGGCCAGCAGCGCACGCCUGGUGGCCGCCCCAGUGGCCACGGCCAACCCGGCCCGAUGCCUGGCCCUGAACGUCAGCCUGCGGGAGUGGACAGCCCGCUACGGCCCGGCCCCGGCGGCGCCCCGCUGCGACGCGCUGGAGGGGGACGCCGUGGUGCUGCUGCGCACGCGCGACCUCUUCAACCUGUCGGUCCCGCUGGCGCGGCCGCUGGGCACCGGCCUCUUCCUGCAGACGGCGCUCCGCGGCUGGCCGGUGCAGCUGCUGGACCUGACCUUCCCCGCGGCGCGCCAGCCCCCGCUGGCCACGGCGCACGCGCGCUGGAAGGCGGAGCGCGAGGGGCGCGCGCGGCGGGCGGCGCUGCUGCGCGCGCUGGGCAUCCGGCUGCUGGGCUGGGAGGGCGGGCGGCUCGAGUGGUUCGGCUGCAGCAAGGAGAGCGCGCGCUGCUUCGGGACGGUGGUGGGCGACACGCCCUCCUACCUGUACGAGCGCCGCUGGACGCCGCCCUGCUGCCUGCGCGCGCUGCGCGAGACGGCGCGCCACGUGGUGGGCGUGCUGGAGGCGGCGGGCGUGCGCUACUGGCUGGAGGGCGGCUCGCUGCUGGGCGCCGCGCGCCACGGCGACAUCAUCCCCUGGGACUACGACGUGGACCUGGGCAUCUACCUGGAGGACGUGGGCAACUGCGAGCAGCUGCGCGGCGCCGAGGCGGGCUCGGUGGUGGACGAGCGCGGCUUCGUGUGGGAGAAGGCGGUGGAGGGCGACUUCUUCCGCGUGCAGUACAGCGAGAGCAACCACCUGCACGUGGACCUGUGGCCCUUCUACCCGCGCCACGGCGUCAUGACCAAGGACACCUGGCUGGACCACCGGCAGGACGUCGAGUUCCCCGAGCACUUCCUGCAGCCGCUCGUGCCGCUGCCCUUCGCCGGCUUCGUGGCCCAGGCCCCCAACAACUACCGCCGCUUCCUGGAGCUCAAGUUCGGGCCUGGUGUCAUCGAGAACCCCGAGUACCCCAACCCCGCGCUCCUGAGUCUGGCUGGUGGCUGAAGCCGCCUCUGGGCGGGUCCGUGCGGGGCUGGGGGGGGGGCAGGGGAAGCGGGGUCAAGCCGGCGCUGGGGGCCCCGGGCAGGCCUCCACCCAGACGAAGCAGCUGGCACUGGGUGGGCAGCGCCGGCGCAGACCCUCAGCUUCCAAUUCUGGCCCUAGCACUAGCAGGUUAGGCGGGCCUGGGGCGGUGUCUCUCUGCCUCAGUUUCCCUCCGGGAUUCCCAGCGCCCUCUUUUGUGUGACCUGUCCACUAGAGGGCGCCGCCACCCACUCCCGCCGCUGUUCUGCCAGACAUGCACAGGUCGCUCCUCUCAGCCUUCCUUGGGAGGCCGGCCCCUCCUACUUGCCACGGUGGGGAACUGUUGUUGACCCCCUCCUGCCUGGGAGGAAGGGCUCCAAGCUCUAAGGUGCCUCUCCUGAUACCUGGGCUCCUCCAUUUCUCACCCCCCACCCGGGGUGAAUGCAACCUCAGCCCUCUAGGCACAGGGCACAGCUCCCGCGUGGCCUAAUGGACCCCUCACUCCACCCCAAGAGGUGAUCGCUGCUGUUCUGUCCACCUUGCAGCGAUAACUGAGGCCACAAUGGCCAAGCCCCUCUCCCCAACUCCUUGUGUCCCCUAAACAGUUGGCAGGUGGAGUGCUGAAGCUAGGACUUCAGGCUCUAGAGCAUGUACCUCCUCUCUCUGGCUGCUUCCAUAAAUGGUACUCAAGGGAGGGGGGCUUUGGGAACCCUCACUUGUCUUGAUCAGGCAUCUAAGAGUGAGCCCCCACCAUAUCAUGUCUGUGCUUAUUUAUAAAUUAUGUGCAAGUAUCACUACAGUCUGUUACUAAUAAGGCAUAAAUUAUUCCAUUUUAAAAUUGAAAAUGUAGCUGGGUGGCUUAGGUUUAUAAUCAGCUGUUCAGGAGAUGGAGAUCUGAGGAUUAUAGAUUGAAACCAGCCCAGACAGACAAAUUCUCGAUACUGUAUCCCCAAUUAACUAGCAAAAAGCCAGGCUAG